UGGACAUUCUGCUCAGACAUUGAUGUAAAAUCAAUUAACCCAAAUGUCAGUGCGUACAUAGCCAAGUCAUCUCUUUAAUAGCAAAUAAAUGACUUGUUUACUUAUGGGCUCCACUCUGGUCAACUGCCUGCCUCUUUACCAAAGACUGCACUUUUUCCUCUGCACAACUAGUCUGUUGUUUAUCCCCCUGGGAACAAACAAGCUCCCUUCCUCUGUCUGUGUGAUGUGUCUGCCUGUGCCACGUGCCCACCGAGUGAUACCUUGUACUUUCAUACCUGCUGGAGCCUCACCUUUACCAUGCCUGCCAUAGUCAACCUCCUUUUCAACGUCGUCUCCACCAACACCACCAUCUCCUUCACUGUGGUGCUGCCCAUGGUCAGCCUGGUCUCUCUUCUGGUGGGGGUUGGCGGUCACCUCCUGUUGUGGCUGGUGCUGGUGAGGAACCCCCGAAGUCGCUCCAAGCCAAGCUCCAUCCUGCUCCUCAACCUCAGGCAGACCUGGGUGCCCUGCUCACCCUGCCCUGCGUCCUUCUGAGUGCUAGUUUCCAGAACUGGCAGCUCAGUGGUGGGACCUGCGUCCUCCUGGGGUUCAUGACUUCAGUGACAGUGGGAGUGGAAAUCUUCAAUCUGGCGGCUUUGUCAGUGCUGAGGUAUCGUAUUGUUGCACCACGGAAAAGACCGCCGGCUAGCCUGACACAAGUGUUAUGCACUGUUGUAGUCAUUUGGCUGGUCUCAGUAACCAUGGCAUUGCCCAAGGUUACCUACAUCGACUUUGAUGGGGGUUGCACGUGGUCAGUGGGCCGAGACAAGUGGCUGUUCUUCCUGGUUCCUGCUUUCCUAGUUUAUUACGUGGCCCCUCUCCUCUGUAUUGCCAUCAACUGUGGCCUCAUCAUCUCUCACCUCCAUGGCUGCAAGGGCACUCUGGCCGCCGACAGGCACAACAAGAAAGCUACCGCUCUGCUGAUUGGUUCAACACUGGUUUUUGCAAUUAGCUGGUUGCCAUAUUAUGCACUUGAGUUUGUCAAUGUUAUGUCCCCUUAUGUUAGCUCAGCAGCUUCUCCAAUUAGCAGAUUCAGGUGUAAGCUAUCUUCAACUUUGUCUCCGUCAUAUUUGUCAUUCACCUCGCCUGGGCCAAGUGAGGAAACAGAGACAAGGGUGUCCUUGCUGUGGGAGGUGGCGUCCCUGACUGCCAUUUUGUUGGUGUGUCUGGCUCCUUGCUGGAACCCGCCACUCUACUUUCUGUUGUCCCGUCCGGCUGUGCGUCAGCUCCGAGCUCUACUGCCUUCCUUCUUUCAUAAGCACUUGGGAAAAAACCCGGUGCAGCGCUGCUGUAUUGCUCCUGCCCCUCCCCCACGCCUGCCACACCCUCAGCCUCCUGCACACUCUUUUACUCACCAAACUCUGACACACGGACUGACUCAGUAAAGUUAGCACACACAUAACUGUGCUCACUCACAUAUCCCCAUGACAUACUAUUCAUAUUUGCCAUCACAAGAAACACUGCACAUAAAAAUAUAUCAGAGUCACAACAUGUUUUGUAUACACAUGCUAUUGUGUUUGUUUUGAUGCUUAUAUUGUUUUGUGCGUCAUAGCCACAUCCUCUUUGCUUUUGCAGCAUUACAGUAAAUGUAUUAAAUAGGCUCCAGGUAACAUUGUGUGAGCUUCUCAGAUAGAUGACAGUGUAUCAUAAACAGAAUGCAUUAUGUGCCAUAAAAACAGAAGGUUUAUAUUCCUCAUCACAAUGCCAGAGUCACUAAGCAACUUACUGUCCUGGCAGUAUGAAGCUUGCAGAGGAGCAGAGCCUCCAACUCAAAACGAUUUAAGAGAAAUUUUUACAGCAAAACAAAGGACUUUCUCUUCAUAUCAAAGCGCAAAACACCGUUCACAAAUCCAGGUCACUGAACUUAAAGAGACGUCUUUAGAGCUCCCACAUGGGACCUGAACAAAUCUUAACAGCCUUUUUCAGGGACUGAAGGACGUCUGCUGAGCCACAUUGACUGACAUGAACAAUCCAAGUAAAAAUAAACCAAAGACCCUAUGGAGCUUUUAAACAACCAUCCCCGAACGGCAAUAAAAAGAGCAUCUGAUAAGUAUGACAUAUAGCAUGUGCACUGUAUGAAAAGUGCUUUGCCUGUUUCGAGAAGCCUCCAUAGGACGUCAUUACAUUACAUCUAGUAGAUUAUGACAAGCAAUACCUUGUAACCCCAUUACUAAGCCUUCUGACAGAGCAAAAACACUGAGGACGCAGUGUGCCAUGCCUUCCUCGCUGUAAAGCUCACUAUAAAGCUCUUUGUUGCAACAUUAUCUAAAUUCAAUGUCAUCUUCAUAACCUUGUGAAAAGAGGCCUCUUUGACUUAUGAGAGGCUUAAGAGAAGCUGACUUGUUUUGUUCUGAGCUUGAAUGCGGAGAAGUGCUUAUUAAAUAGGGAUUUGACAUAAAGGAUCACAUCAGAAGAUGACUGCAUGGGAAAAUUACUUCUUAACAAGUGGAGCCCAUCUGCAUCCGAAGUGGUUUAAGAUCACAAUGUAAAGGGUAUGUCAUGUACUUGCAGUGGCCAGGGGCUUUGUUUGGCAAAUUGCCUGAGGACGAGCAACUGGACUUUUUUGUUGUCAGGCCAUUCAUAUUAAGAGAUGUACACCAGUGAUUUAAAUUCAUUGGGAAGUUGGAAUCACUUGAAAUAUUACCCUGAAAUAUUAUAUAAUGGGUUUGUUUUGCUGCUAAAAUGGAACACAUGAACAUUUAAAGCACUAGUUCAACCUUCAUGAGAAGAUUGAUACUACUCUCAUAUCUGUACGCUAAAUAUGAAGCUACAGCCAACAUCCGGCAAGCUUAGCUUAGCAUAAAGACUGGAACCAGGGGGAAACAGCUAGCCUGGGAAAAAAAAGCAUAUAAACAACAGGUUGUGGUUUUAGGGAGCAAUAACUUCCUGGAGCCUCUGUUUGUAUGCCUGUUGUUACCUUCGGACAGAGGAAGACUAGCUGGCCAUUUCCUGUCUUUAGGCUUAGCUGAGCUAGGUAGUAGCUUCCUAUUAAGCGGACAGAUAAGUUUGUCCAAGCUAUCACUAUAGGGAACCACCUAGGUGCACCUACACCUAUCAAUUUUCACAUGCUCAUAGUUGUCAUACUUCAUUUACAACAGUUCCAUUUCAUUGGAUGGCAAAAAGUAAUUAAUUUCCAGUUGUGACAUUAUCAUGAUCACAAUGAAUACAUAAAGUAAAUCCUUCCUUGGUUACCUCUUGACCUCCUAACAUCUCCCAGACUGCACCGCUGCACAUUCUAAUGACAGUCUGGAGUGUUUCCAUUAGUAGGGAGCAGGUGGUUUUUUGUCGAUGCCAUCUUGGUGGCUAAUGAGAGAACUUAUCUCUGUCAUGUCUGCUCUGUGAUCAGUGGUGGCUGGCCAAUAGUGGGCGCUAGGGCACCACCCUCCCUGAGCCCUUGAGCCACAAAAAAACCCAUUACUACUACUACUACUAAUAAUAAAUUAAACAAAUCAAUAUUCGUGUGUUUGAAAUAUGGAGUGCACCCAGUAAUGUGUGUAAAAUAUGAUAGAAAAUCAUCUGUGCAACAUAUAUGCUUUUCCUAGACAUCCCCGCCACCUGUCUGCAUGUGUCAGCAGCUCUGGAUCGAUGGAGAAAUCGCCCUCAGGAGGCGGGUCUGAGUAGCAGUUUAGGCAAAGAUAUGAACGUAUGACGUAAAAUUUAAUUACAUUUAAAAUUUCCUCUAAUCUAACCUGAAAAGGGUGAUUAUUUUAUCGCCCAGAUCAACCUGACCUCAAAAUCAGACAGCAGGUUAGCGAUACAUGGAAGUGAACAUCGCUACGCAGCUGGACAGCGGCCACAGGAUCGCAGUGAGGAAACACAAUGAGGAGCUGGAUUAAAACAGGCACAUUUUAUCCAAAACUGUGUGAAGUUUUGUGGGGUUUUUGAGCUGGCCUUGUGAGGGCAUGACGAGACAGACUUCUCAAACAACCCUGGCAUUUUUAGGAGAUUGGUGGAUUUUGUUGUCUCCCUAGACAACCCUAGUAACUAGCUGACUUAGGAGCACCUAAGACAGUUAGUUAACUUAACGUUACUGUUUUUAUAGGCACGUCAAAGACGGUACAAAACGAGCUGUUGGACUGCAUGCUGUCAGUGCUAAAGGAUUUCAUUCUGGAGGUAGUAAAGAGCACUGAUUUUAUCGCCAUUCAAGCAGAGGAGACGACAUUUCCACCCACUGCCAUCUGGUGCUUGUGCUAAGCUAAGCUUUAUGUGAUGGGUGUGCAUAGUUGACAUUUUAAAACAAAUCUCAAAUUAUUCCAUGUGUGAGAUGUCAAUUCAUAUUUACAAGGUUGUUUGUUAUUAUUUUGGGUAUUUCCUUCUGUUAACUGUUUUGUAUUGGUAAUCAGGGACUCCACAAUUUAUUUUUGAGUAUAAUUCAGUUUAAUUCACUUGUGAGAGAGUUUUGAUGUAGAAGUUUGCUGGAGUUUACUAUCUCUACACCUCAGAACACUUGACUCACAUGCAUACAUGUCUGAAUAGCAACUUAACACCACUAAUUGCAUUCCAUGUUUGCUUGUCCUGAUCUUUACCUCUCUAUUGGUUUCCCCAACAAAACAAGUUCCAUAGGUGCAUC